CGUUCAUCUCCACUUUCAAGAUCACGGCAAUGAACAACAAUGAAUGCAGUUUCUUGCGUCGCCGAACACCUUUAAGGAAUGACGCGCGGACGAUGACCUUUGCCCGUCGACACAAGACGACUCCGCAGAUGCCAGACGCGGAGCGAGCGUCACCUGCGCGGCGUCCGAUGCGUGUCCGAUGCGUAAAAGCGCACAAUGACAACAACCUGCGCGCUCUGCGGUUCUUAAUCUGAAUCUGGAAAUGUGAAAGGCUCUGGAUUAGGAGGUUGUCGGGUGAUGCGAAUCGCCCUCCUUUGUUCGCUUAGAUGAGGGUCUGACGUGUUCCCAGGGGAUUUUCAGUCGCGGUUCAAACCUUGAGACGCUGGCGAGUCGGUCACACACACAUAACACACACACACUCACUCACUCAAUGCUGCUAUGACUUCCUGCAUGCGUCCGUACUGUGAUCUGUUUGCUCUUCGCAUGCUGCUGCUCAUCUCGCUGCUGAUCUUGCUCGUCAGGUCCGAUUCGGCAGAUAACCGUUGCCAGUCUGCCCUCGCCUCCACAUGUGAAGACUGUCUGAGACGCGGCCCUGAAUGCGCAUGGUGCUCUCAGGAGAGGUUUCUGGACGGGGCGCAUGUCAGCCAGCGAUGCGGAUCUGUGUCCGACCUGCGAGUCAGGGGUUGUGAAGAGGAGUUUAUCGAGAACCCGAGUGUGAAAGUGGAAGUGAACGCCACUAUCAGCAGCUCACAGGUGUCCCCGAGAGAGAUCUCCAUCCACCUACGACCAGGCAGCGAGGCGAGCUUUGUGAUUGAGGUGCAUCAGUUGGAACGGUACCCUGUGGAUCUGUACUAUCUGGUGGACGUCUCGGCGUCCAUGCAGGACAACCUGGACCGGUUGAAGACUGUGGGUCUGGCUCUGUCCCACCAGAUGAAGGAACACUCCAGCGACUUCAGGGUGGGCUUCGGGUCGUUCGUGGAUAAACCGGUGUCUCCGUACAUCGACGUGCACCCCUCCAAACUCCUGAACCCUUGCAGAGAUUAUGAGGUCCACUGCAGGCCCGCUCACGGAUUCAUCCACGUCCUCCCGGUCACGGAGAACAUGACAGAGUUCACACGGGUCAUUCAGGAGCAGAGGAUCUCUGGGAACAUGGACACACCCGAGGGCGGCUUCGAUGCCAUGCUGCAGGCCACAGUUUGCCAGAAAGACAUUGGAUGGCGACCUGAAGCGAAGCAUCUGCUGUUGGUUAUGACAGACCAGCCUUCUCAUUUGGCUUUGGACAGUAAACUGGCCGGUAUCGUGGUUCCUCAUGAUGGCCGCUGCCACCUAGAGGAUAAUAUCUACUCUCAAACCAGUAGCAUGGAGCACCCAACAAUCGGUCAACUGGCAGAGAAACUCCUAGAGAACAACGUUUACUCCAUCUUUGCGGUGGACCAGGUGCAAUAUCAGUGGUAUGAGGAUCUACUGGACCUGAUUCCUGGAAGUUAUGUGGGCCGAAUGUUUCCCAAAGCAUCUAAUCUUAAAGACUUAGUAGUUCAUGCCUACAAGGUAAACAACAUUACUUUCUCUUUCACUUGA